CAGCAGAAACGUUGUUCAGCCUUGAGCCUUCAGCAGUUAGUCGGCGGUACCGGUCGUUCAUUCGGUCGUCGACGUUCGACGUUCAAGGCUAACGGUUCGACCUACGACUUACGAGAUACAAGUAACAAGACACGGGUGUCCUCGUCUACUACGAAGUACUCCAGAGUCCAGAUUUGUAUUGUAAUACACGUAGAUACCUACCAAUAAAGGCAAAUUCAAAUGGCUGACAAUCAAUCUUCUGAUAUGGAAGUAGACGGCAAUGAGAGUACAACAGUUUAUUCGUCAAAAGCAAGAACAUCUGAAUUACCAUGGCUAAGAUCUUCGUCAAGAGCAAAAACCUCUAAAUUACCACGAAUAACAUCUUCAUCAAAUCCAAAACCAUCUAAAUUACCACGACUAAGAGUACUGUCUCUCUUUGACGGAAUUGGCACAGGGUAUUAUGCAUUGUUGAAAUUAGGGUUUGAUAUUGAAGUAAUUUAUGCAAGUGAAAUAGAUAAAGAUGCGUUAAUGGUAACUAAAUAUCAUUUUUCCGACAACAUUAAACAAUUGGGUUCGGUUACUGAAAUAACCACAAAAAUGCUGGACCAAAUCGCACCUAUAAAUCUGCUUUUUGGUGGUUCACCUUGCUCCGACCUAUCUGGUGUCAAUUAUCGAAAAAAAGGACUUUUCGAUCCAAAAGGAACAGGUAUAUUAUUCUAUGAUUAUUACCGUAUAUGGAACUAUCUAAGUGUAAAAGCUGCUAGAGAGAAUACUCCUUUUUAUUGGUUAUAUGAAAAUGUGGCAAGCAUGGAAAUUAAAAAUAAAGACACCAUUUCAAAAUUUUUUGAAUGUCAACCAAUUGUUCUUGAUUCAUUACACUUCAGCCCACAGCGACGUAAAAGAUAUUUCUGGUCGAGCCUCCCAGGGAUAACAAUGUUGCCUCAUAUUCAGAAGACAAAUUAUGCUACUAAUGCACCAAAACUAGAAGAUUAUUUAGAAAAGAAUUUAGACAGACAGGCUAAUGUAGAAAUAGUUGGAACCAUCACUUCAAAAAGAAGUUGUUUACAAGAUAGCAAAUCUAGAAAUCCUGUAUGUCAAGACGGACAAUACACAGGCUUAUUUAUAACAGAGAUUGAAGCAAUAUUUGGUUUGCCACCACAUUUUACUGAUGUAGGUGAUUUGUCAAUAUCAAGUCGCCAAAAACUUUUGGGAAGAGCGUGGAGUGUGCAAGUAAUUAUUGAUAUUCUAGAUAUGUUAUCAGGCCUAUUUGCUAAAAAGUGAGUGAAAUUUGUCACAAUAAACGAUCUUAAA